ACAUGGCCGGCUUAGACGUUCUCAUACCUCACAUAUAUCAUGAGAGGCAACAGGAGGGAUCGAUGCUAUGCGCCCAACAUGCUCUGAACUCACUUCUACAGGGAGAUUAUUUCUCUGCGGCCGAUCUUUCCUCUCUUGGGCGAACGCUCGAUACGAUGGAGCAAGGCGUUAUGGAAGGAGAUGGCCAGGGCAGGAGCACUAACAUGGACGAUACUGGCUUUUUCUCUGUCCAGGUGCUUGAGGAAGCACUUCACGUUUGGGGCUUGAGUCUAGUCCGCUGGCGUAGCGAGAUUAUGCGCCCCUACCAGGAUCAACCUCACAAUCAACUCGCAUUCGUUCUCAACCUUUCUCAGCACUGGUUCACUCUGCGUCGAUUUGGCAGUCUUUCGCCCGAUCCCGAGGUCAACGAGCACACAAAUGGCCAUUGGUUCAAUCUUAAUUCAUAUCUGCAAAAUCCAGAAUGGGUAUCAAAGACGUAUCUCGGAAUGGUGAUUAGUCAGGCAGAGACCGAAGGCUACUCGGUGUUUGCCGUCGUUCAGACGGACCCGGAGGCUCCUCUCACCCUUCCCCGCACCCAGGCUGACGACAUUGCCUCUACUCUUCCUGAGCCCUCAUCUUCAUCUGCGUCCAACGCUGCCCAUGCCCAGGCAUCUUCCGACUUUGGGGAAGAAGACUACGAGCUUCAAGCUGCGCUGCAGGCAUCAUUAGGUGGCUACGAUGAACUCCCACCCCCUAUUACUCCACAGCGCUCUCAGUCCGGACCAUCAACCGGACCACCCGUGAUCCCCUUUGUUGGUGGGCCGCACGAUCGAAUCAUGGGCUCGGGAAGCAGUCGACCUUUGAGACCUGGGCGUGGCCUCAGCCUCGGUUCAUUUGAAAUGAACAGAGGUUCUUCAGAAUCCAAUACCGGUCUUCUACCUCCUUUAGAGGCCGCAUCCGAUGACGAAGACGAAGACGAAGACGAAGAGUUUGUCGAUGCUCCAUCCCAUCCCAUAGGCCAGGGUGGACGGCAGGAAGAAGUGAAUGAUGACCCUAUCCAGGCCAGCAUGGCUCGACAGAGACGCAUGCUCGAGAGAAUGAGAAGAGAGCAAGAAGUGGCACUUCAGGAGCAAUACGCGGACGAGACAGCAGGCUUUGUGGAUCCUGCCAGAAUUGCACGGCGCAGAGAAGAGGAGGAAGAGGCCGAGAUGCUCAGACGAGCAAUCGCGGAAAGUGAGGCAGAAGCACGGGAACGUGAAAGAACGGCUGGACGUCAAGGAGCUAUAGGAACUGACGAUGAUAUGGACGUCGAACCGUCACACGACACACGGCGGCCGUGGGGGAGUGCCGCCAACAGAGUCUACGAUGAUGACGAUGCCGAGUUACAGGCGGCCCUGAAGGCCUCGCUUGAGACGGUUCCUGCCGACUUCAAGGUACCUGAUACACCACCCGCUCCUUCCAUCCCACUGUCUUCGGUCCCAACAUCAUCCGCCAAUACCGGUUCCAGUGGAGUGCAGCACAAAGAGGAAACGGACGAGACGAGCAUGGCUGGCACAGAGACUGAUACGGAACCUGAUGACGUUGCUGACGAACCAAUGAAAGAGGAGGAGAACGUCAGCGUAGAGGAGAUGCGUAAGAGAAGGUUGGCAAGGUUUGGAGGCACCUAGGAUCUAAGGCUAUCUUGUGACGAACAUGCUCGCUUCUAGUCUAUGUAUAGGACCAUGUGUUGAUUCGACUUGGUUAACAUAGUCCUUCUUUG